UAACGUUAGCUCCGCACUGUUGCGCCCGGCUAAACUCCAGAAGAGUGCGGGUUUGGAAUAUAAUAUUAAAAUAACUUAACAAUCAAGUUAAAUCCGUGCUGCGCAUGCUUUUUUAAUAUUUUAAAACUAAACCUGUUGUUAGCUCUCUUUUGUUUCGCGGUUUUAGAAAUGAACACCAUCACAAAAAAGCUAACGUUAGCCGAGGUUUUUGGGGAGGAUUCUGAAAAUGAGCGAACAUUUUAUGGCUUUUCUGACGGUGAGAUCAGCGAGCACAGUGAUAAGAAUUCAAAUUUUGAAGAUGAAGACCAAGCCCAGCCUGACUUUUCUGCCAAGGAACAGAAAGCCACGACUCGACCAUCCUCUGGUGCCCCGAGCUUCAGGCUGAGAGUGGUCCUCCGCUCCACUCCCUCGGCCCAGCAGUCCACUGAUGAAGAUGAUGAGGGGGAGGAAGAGCAGGGAAAGAAGGCAGGAAAGACCAGUCGGGCAAACAAGAAGAUGCGUGUUAAAUUUGAAGAAGUAGAGGCAGCAGUGUUUGUGCCGCCUCCUUCCAAAGAGUGUGAAUCCGAUUCAUCAGAAGAUGAAGCUGCUUCUUUCCUGACCAAGAGGGAACAGAACAUCAAGGCCAACAAAGCGAUGUUGGCUCAGUUAAUGUCGGACCUGCAGAAAAUGCCGGGAGGUGCAGCGAUUCUGCAUAAACAAGCAGGCAAACAAAAGACAAAAGACAGAAGUUCUCGUCCCCCGCGCUCUGCUGCCGCCGGAGGAGACUCCAGGAGGAACCCCGAGCGGGCGUCUCGCAGACAGACCCGCUCAAUGGGGGCGAAGGAGGACCCCUCUGCCCCGAAGGAGGAAGACCUGGAGCUCAGCAUGGAGGAACUGCUGGAGGUACGUAGAUCGCCACGGCGCCGCUGCGCCCCCCGGCCCAAAAUGUGCAAGCCCCAUUGCAUCCGUCCCGUGGAGGACAUCACGGAGGACGAGAUUCAGCUGGUUGCAGACAACAUGACUGAAAAAGUCUAUAACAGAGUCACAGGCUCCACAUGUCAUCAGUGCCGUCAAAAAACGGUUGACACGAAGACGUGCUGCCGCGCCGAGGAGUGUCGCGGGAUUCAGGGUCAGUUCUGCGGGCCGUGCCUGAGGAACAGAUACGGAGAGGAUGUCAAGAAGGCGCUGCUUGAUCCGGAGUGGAAGUGUCCUCCCUGUCGCGGUAUUUGCAACUGCAGCUUCUGCCGGCAGCGCGACGGCCGCUGCCCGACCGGCAUCCUGUUCCCUCUCGCUCAGUACCACGGCUUCUCCGACGUCCACUCCUACCUCAGCAGCCUCCGUAAGAAACUGAUGAGUGAGGACAACGAUUAAGAGAUAAUUACACGGUGCAACAUCUUUAAAGUUUGGAGUUAUUAAGAAAUCUAUUAUCUGUGAUUUGAUAUGAAUAAAGUGAUUGUUUUAAUCAUGAGAUUGUGACACAAGUUUGCAAAGAGACAAUAUUCAAAA